GUGGGGCCUCUUUAAGUACCGAGUCGCUUCCGGUAGCCUCGGCCUUACGGUGGGGUUUGCGUUCCCGGUGGUCGGCGUCCGUGCCUUGUGCUCGCCGCUAUGCCCGAGCCGGCAAAGUCCGCCCCCGCGGCCAAGAAGGGCUCGAAGAAGGCGGUCACCAAAGCCCAGAAGAAGGACGGCAAGAAGCGCAAGCGCAGCCGCAAGGAGAGUUACUCCAUCUACGUGUACAAGGUGCUCAAGCAGGUGCACCCCGACACCGGCAUCUCGUCCAAGGCCAUGGGCAUCAUGAACUCGUUCGUCAACGACAUCUUCGAGCGCAUCGCCGGCGAGGCCUCCCGCCUGGCGCAUUACAACAAGCGCUCGACCAUCACCUCCCGGGAGAUCCAGACGGCCGUGCGCCUGCUGCUGCCCGGCGAGCUGGCCAAGCACGCCGUGUCCGAGGGCACCAAGGCCGUCACCAAGUACACCAGCUCCAAGUGAGUCCCUGCCGGGACUCGGCGCUCGCACGGGUCGCCGGCCGCUUGACUCCAAAGGCUCUUUUCAGAGCCACCCACCUUCUCGGGGAAAGACGCUGUUCGCUUUCUCUGUUAUGGUUCCUAGUUUGCCUUUGGGGUUUUUCUUUUAGUACACUGAAUUCUUUUGUGAAGCACAAGUGACCGUUCCUUUUCCUUUUUUGUUAGAUGAUAGAGUAGUUCCUGUAUAGUUGGGUAGAAGAACGUAAUGGGAAAUGGUGUUAUUUGGCUUGUAGAGGACCUCCCUUGAAACUGGCUUUGGCUUUGCUGCGUAGAGUUGAACGUGUGCGUUGCUAAGUCGUUAACGUUGAGAAAUGCUGUGUUUGUUUCAUUAACUUAUUUAUGCCGGAUAAGGAAGUUGUCAGGUUAACAAAGGUACAACCAACUAUCUGGUUGGUGUUCCCAAUUGGUAAAACGGUGGUGGUACUUCAGUCUUUCCAUCAUGUGCUUUAGAGUUGUGAACUAAAAAGGAUAACUUUUAGUUUUGGUUCUGACAAAUUCAUUGACUCGGUAUCCCUGAUUCACGAGCACCUGCUCUUUUUUUUUUCAUUCAUGGAAAGAUUUAAGCGGAUUUUGAUACCUGGUAACCGUUAAUGCUGGUGCAAAUCCUCAAAAUUGCCUAAUAUAUGGUCGUGAUGAGAAUUAUUAGAAAAGCUUGUCCAAUUUGAAGGCUAUUUCCACAGAAUGGGUACAACAUAUGCGUAAUUUCUGAAGCAGGAGAGUGUAAAAUGCUAGCCGAGUAGAAAGCCCCAAUAUGGCUGGGAAAGUGAAAAGGAGUUAGAUUGGCUUGAGGGUUUGUUCUCGGUGUUUUGGGAACUCUUGGAUUGUUUUAGGCAAGGAUCUGCACACAUGACCUCAUUAGUAAUCGUUAACGAUUACUCUGGGCGCAUUGUAAAUGCCCCCUCUCUGUAAAGAGAGACUUCAUACUAUUCAUACUUUCCGAUCUGUAAUAAACUUCUGCCUGCUGCUCCUUA